AUGAGCGGUGAAUUUGGAUUAAGUACCCAAUUACUCGGGAGAACUGAGAACCAGGAAUUGUUGUUAUGUGACAAAAAUCAAGAAAAGAUAAUGACUAAUGAUCGUGUUGAGGAAAUUAUAACGGAAAAAGGGAAGCAAAGAGAGGAGAUUAACAGUUCAAAAAUGUUGUCUCGAGAUACAAUUUCAAAGUACUUUUACAUGCCAAUAACUCAAGCAGCCAAGGAACUUAAUAUUGGGGUGACAUUUUUGAAGAAAAGAUGUAGGGAUUUGGGAAUUCGAAGGUGGCCACAUAGGAAGUUGAUGAGUCUUCAAACACUAAUCAAGAAUGUUAAGGAAUUGAAGAGGGGGGAAGGAAAUGGUAUGGAGAAAAAGUGGAAGGAUGUGAUAAAUUUAUUAGAGGAAGAGAAGAAGAAGAUGGAAGAAAUUCCGCAUGGAACUUGA